UAGUAUCAAUUUCCAUGCAAUUGCUUUUGCAAGAGUUACAAAGAAGCUCACUCUCCGUCGUUUUUCUCCUACUUUCUCUUCUCUUCCUUUCUCUUUUCUUCACGAACAAAUUUUCCAAACCUGCUUUCAAACUCAAAUUGCCUCCCUCACCACCAAAGCUACCAAUAAUUGGAAACCUUCACCAGCUUGGAAAACUUCCACAUGUUUCUUUGAGAGCACUGUCUGAAAAAUAUGGCCCUCUCUUGUUCUUGAAGUUGGGCUUCAAACAAACUCUUAUAAUUUCAUCUUCAGACAUGGUUAAAGAAAUGAUUAAGUCCCAAGAUAUCAUUUUCUCGAACCGACCAACAUCAACGGCUGCUGAUAUCUUCUUCUAUGGAGGUAAGGAUUCAGCUUUUGCACCUUACAGUGAGUAUUGGAGGCAAACUAGGAAGAUUUGUGUUCUUCAACUUUUGAGCAUGAAGAAAGUUUUGUCCUUUGAGUAUGUAAGGAAGGAAGAAACUGAAGAAUUGGUUCGAAAUAUACGCAAUUCAAGCCUUGGUGGUGAGGCUGUCAACUUGACGGAGAUGGUGGUUGAAACCUUGAACAACAUAAUUUUUAGAUGUAUUCUCGGGAUGAAAUUCCGAGAAGACGAAAUGAAGAAAAAGUUCGGAGGGCUUGCAAGAAGGAUGAGCACGCAAUUUGUAGCUUUUAGCUACGGAAAUUACUUCCCUUUUUUGAGAUGGGUUGAUGUAGUUACAGGCUUAAUGGGAAGCCUUAAAGAGUCUUUCAAUGAAUUUGAUUCGUUUCUUGAAAGGGUAAUUGAAGAGCAUAAGAAGGCUGCAGAAUCAAAUGAUCAGGAUCAUGAACAGGCUGACAAGGACUUUGUUGAUAUUCUUCUUCGACUUCAAAAGGAUGGCAUGCUCGAUGUGGAACUCACUCAAGAGAAUAUCAAAGCUAUUUUAGUGGACAUGUUUGUGGCAGGAAGUGAUGCAUCGUCAACAAUAGUAGAAUGGGCAAUGGCGGAAGUCCUAAAUUGUCCAACUGCAAUGAAGAAAGUCCAAGAAGAAGUACGAAGAGUGGUAGGGAAUAAUAAUCACAAGUCAAGGAUUGAAGUGAAUGAUAUAGAUCAAAUGGAUUACUUCAAUUGUGUCAUAAAAGAAACUCUACGGCUACAUCCACCUGCCGUUCUGAUUCCUCGAGCAACAUCCAAAAACAGUGUUAAAUUGGGAGGCUACGAUAUCCCACCAAAUACAAACGUUCAUAUAAAUGCAUGGGCAAUCCAAAGGGACCCUAAGUUAUGGGAUAGACCAGAAGAGUUCAUCCCAGAAAGAUUUGAGAACAACCCUGUUGACUUUAGAGGCCAAGAGUUUCAUCUUAUCCCUUUUGGAGGUGGAAGAAGAGGAUGCCCUGGUUCAACAUUUGGUCUGUUUGGUAUUGAGUACAUGUUAUCCAACCUUCUUUAUUGGUUUGAUUGGAAGCUGCCUGAAAAUGGUGCAAACGUAGAGGACAUGGACAUGACUGAAGCUUUCGCAAUCGCUGUUCAUAAGAAAAUUCCUCUUACUGUGGUACCAAUACCGUACAGCCCUUGAUCUUAAUUUGUAUCCAUAUAUGAUCAAUCAUCUGUAUUUCGUCUUUGCUAUAUUUGUUAUAUAUAUGUCUUCAAUAUAGGAUCAUGCUAUAUGUGUCAC